AGCACAGUCAUCAUCACUGACCCACACACAUUAAUUUAGUAAAAAAGAUAAACUUUGUUCAUCAUGAAUUGUCGUCAAAUAUGUAAUUAAAAUAAGGAUUUUUAUCAUGUUUUACGUUUCACAUAGAAUAUGAAGCAUAUUUUUCUAUCGAAUCCAGAAUUUGCGGGUUGAGAGCAUGACUGGAUAUGAUUUGCUUGCUUGAGGAGAGGUGUCAUUUAUUUUGUAUGUUAUGUCAAAAGCUCGAAGGCAAGAACUGUCAUUGUUAUUCGUAUUUUAAACUAUGGCGACCAAUUCAAGUCGCUAUCAUAUGGCCACUUUGAAAAUAGUUCUUGUCGGAUCAGAAGCAGUCGGGAAAACGAGCUUGUUGAUUCGUUUUCAUCAGAAUACGUUCCCUGAUCUAUACGUACCCACUGUUUUCGAUUCGUAUUGGAAAGAAGUUUUAGUUGAUGGCAACGAGUAUGGUUUGUUGUUGUGGGAUAAUUCUGGCAAUGAAGAUUAUACACGCCUGCGACCCCUAUCGUAUCCACAGACAGAUGUCUUUCUUGUUUGCUUUGAUAUCAAUAACAGGGAGUCUUUUAUCCAGUUGCAAAAUCUUUGGCUUCCCGAAGUGAAACGCUAUCAAAAUGGAACCCCUAUUAUUAUAGUCGGCAACAAAAUGGAUGUUCGAUCUGAAAGUCUGGCUGAUGCAUCAUCUCGUGACUUUGUUCUUCAUGUAGAAGGUGUUCGUCUUGCUUUAAGAGAAGGAGCGAUAUAUUGCGAGAGCAGUGCUAAGGAAAACAGAGGAGUUCAAGAGAUAUUUCAGACGGCUGUAAGAUAUUACAUUCAUCAACAACCAAGUAGAACAUCUGUUGGUUGUUUUGGUUUACGACAAAAUAGACGAUCACCUAAUAUUCCAUUUCUUCCUCCGCCAUGUCCAUUACCCGUAUUGGCAUUAGAACCAUCUUUGUUUUCAAAGAACAUGAAAAAAUUACUAAGUAACUCGGAAUGUGGGACUGAUGUAACAUUCAUUUUCUCGGAUAAAACCCAAAUGGAAGCGCAUCGCUUAGUACUAUGUUGUACAUCUAAUAUGUUCCGUCGUAUAUUCCUCCGAAAUACCGCUCUCAACAAACUGAAUGCCGUUCAAUCCCAAAGAAACCUUGGUGGGAAGUUGACAAGUAGGGACAUUAAUUGUGGUCGCGUUUGUGGACUUUUUCUGGUAAAAAGCAAUAAGGAUGUACCCUAUGAUUGUGUUCAUUUUGAAGAACCGCAAACAAUUUUUUUAACUUUGAGUGAUCAUGUAUCCAAAAAUGCGUUCAACGAGAUGCUCACUUUUAUGUACACCGGAAAACUUAAUUUUUCAAUUGAAUGCGAUGCACAACUCACUUCUUCAGUUCUCGAAGUAGUAAAGAUAUUUCAAGUUGAUGUUUUGGAGGAUUAUCUUAAAGGCGAACAUGAACUGACGGAAAAUGGUUUGUUGGAAAAUUGGAAAAAGGAAUUUUGUUUUUUUAGCAACGAACUAUUUUGCAACACCUCCCGUUUUGCUGACAUGUCAUUUCGUGUCGAAGGCCAAGUUGUUCGUUCUCAUUUCUGUAUGCUUGUUGCACAUUGUGAUUUUAUGUCAGCCAUGUUGAGUGGAAAUUUUCAGGAGAGUAGUCAAAAGGAGAUCUCGUUGCCUUCAAUUUUUCUGGAUGGAUUUCUUGGCUUUCUACAAUAUAUCUACACGGAUGAUGUCGACUUUCAGCGACAUGAUCCGAUCGAAGUGAUGAAAGUCGCAAAUCAGUUUUGCUGUCCGCGACUCUUGACAUUAUGUGAGAUUAAUUUGGAGAAGAAAAUGGAAUCAUCGCUGGCAAGUUGCAAGAAAAAAAGUGAAAAACUUGGAGAACUCAUUGAACUCAUCACUACAUCACAGACACACAAUGCGCAUCAGUUGGUCUCCAAAUAUCUGUAUUACAUUGCUAUAAAUUUUGAAGAAUUUAAGAAGAGGAAAGAACUCGAGUCCCUCUCUACGGACAAUCUUAUAGUAAUCGAACAACAGAGGUGGCCACCCCCCUGUUAUCUGACCGAACUGAACGCCUACCGUAAGACACGUGACAGAAAUUUUUCUUGUAAUAUAAUGUGACAAUACAAAAGGCUGUCUCAAAGACUUAAAACCGUCUGACGUGUAAGUUAUCAAUCGUGGUUUCUCCUCUCUUCGGGAUGAUGUGAAAAUGACGAAAAGACAUGGGCAUGGAGUAAUUUUCAAAGUUAACCUUACUUAUCAAGACUGUUAACGCUAGCAACUUAAGUACAAGCGUUCACAGUCUUGAUGAGUAAAUCGAUAAAUAUCUAAGUAGUACUAUAUAAAUAUCUGUGUCCAUACAGUAUUUUCUCUUUUUAGCCCCCAGACUCGUUUUAAUGCCGCCUUCCCUUUCUUAUAAUCACCUGCUUGAAAAGUAUCAUAAAAUUCUCACUAUCUCUUUUUAUCCCCCUCUUUCGGUAAAAUAAAAAAUCAUAUAUAGUUCAAUCUCACAUAACAAAAUACGAAUGCCAUUUGUUUGAAAUUUACUGAUGUAAACGUCCAAAUAGUAAAAGAAAUUGAUAUUAAUUUAAA